GACCGCGCGAGUGUACAUGUUGCAGGAUGGCAUCUAGCGCAGCCAUACCACAGCCACGCCACGGAUCCCUGUUGGGCGGGCAGGACACUCUGUGCUGAUUCAAAACAAAGUCUACAUGACUGUCACCAUGAGGGAUAUCAGUGUCUUGGAUUUGAAUACGUCAAGCUUUUCAACAGUUCAGCUUCCAGAUGGAGUGCAGCAUCCAGCUUCAGACUUCAUGCUGUCCUGCACCCCCGAUGGUUCCAGUAUCUACCUCGUCGAGCUGAAGGACUUUCAGCUUUGCAUCUGGAUCUACAAGGGAGGCUGCUGGUCCAUUGGGGACAGAAUUCUGCUUGUCAUGUGUGCGGGUUUGAUGAUUUCAGAUUGCACGAUUGAGGACGCACAUUCUUCUUCUCCUUGGAUUAAACAUGUGGGGGACCACGCUGAGUUUGUGCUCUUGCAAAUGGGUCGACAUGUCCGAUAUCUGGAUACGAGGUGCAGGACAUUGCGCACAUUGUAUGAGAUGUCAGCGGAGGAACAAGCUUGGGAGAGUAUUGCCAUAAUUCCUUUCAUGAUGAUCUGGCCUCCCGUAUUCCCUUCCCUGAGAAAUUGCAAUGUGCAGAAGUAAGAUACCAGGAAGCUCUUGGGAUGGUAUCUACGUCAAGUGAAGUGGUGGCAUCUCGGGAGUUACCUGCAUUUCUUAAGUAACCAUAGCAGUUCGGACUGCCCUUAUUAUGUUCUGUAAUGGAUUUAUCAAUUAGGAGUUAGAAUUCGACUUAACCGGAGCAGCUACUGCCUACUGCUUACUCUCUCCAUUCCAAAACAUAAGUCAUAUAGAUUUUUCUCAUUUGUUUCACAAUACACCUCAUUUUUCUCUUCA